CGCAUCGGCGCCACGUCAGGCGCUGUCCGCGCCCCCGGUGCUGAACCAAGAUGGCCGGUGGCGGCCGGGCCCCGGCGUGAGCCAAGCGCGGGCUGCAGCCGGGAGAUGCCCCAGCCCAGCGGCCGCUGAGCCCGACCCGACAGAGCCGGCCCGGCCGCCUCCGGUCCGCCUGCGAGCCCGGAGACAUGUCUCUGCUGUGCGUUGGAGUCAAAAAAGCCAAGUUUGAUGGUGCCCAAGAGAAAUUCAACACGUACGUGACCCUGAAAGUUCAGAAUGUCAAGAGCACGACCAUCGCGGUGCGGGGCAGCCAGCCCAGCUGGGAGCAAGAUUUCAUGUUUGAGAUUAACCGUCUGGAUUUGGGACUGACAGUGGAGGUGUGGAACAAGGGUCUCAUCUGGGACACAAUGGUGGGCACUGUGUGGAUCCCACUGCGGACCAUCCGCCAGUCCAAUGAGGAGGGCCCUGGAGAGUGGCUGACACUGGACUCCCAGGUCAUCAUGGCAGACAGUGAGAUCUGCGGCACCAAGGACCCCACUUUCCAUCGCAUCCUCCUGGACACGCGCUUUGAGCUGCCCUUGGAUAUUCCCGAAGAGGAGGCUCGCUACUGGGCCAAGAAGCUGGAGCAGCUCAACGCUAUGCGGGACCAGGAUGAAUAUUCGUUCCAAGAUGAGCAAGACAAGCCUCUGCCUGUCCCCAGCAACCAGUGCUGUAACUGGAAUUAUUUUGGCUGGGGUGAGCAGCACAACGAUGACCCCGACAGUGCAGUGGAUGAUCGCGACAGUGACUACCGCAGUGAAACGAGCAACAGCAUCCCGCCGCCCUAUUACACUACGUCGCAACCCAACGCCUCAGUCCACCAGUAUUCUGUUCGCCCACCACCCCUGGGCUCCCGGGAAUCCUACAGCGACUCCAUGCACAGUUAUGAGGAGUUCUCUGAGCCGCAGGCCCUCAGCCCCACGGGUAGCAGCCGCUACGCCUCCUCAGCGGAGCUGAGCCAGGGAAGCUCUCAGCUGAGUGAGGACUUCGACCCUGACGAGCACAGCCUGCAGGGCUCCGAGAUGGAGGACGAGCGGGACCGGGACUCCUACCACUCCUGCCACAGCUCGGUCAGCUAUCACAAAGACUCACCUCGCUGGGACCAGGAUGAGGAGGAGCUGGAGGAGGACCUGGAGGACUUCCUGGAGGAGGAGGAGCUGCCUGAAGACGAGGAGGAGCUGGAGGAGGAGGAGGAGGUGCCUGACGAUUUGGGCAGCUAUGCCCAGCGUGAAGAGGUGGCUGUGGCUGAGCCCAAAGACUUCAAACGCAUCAGCCUCCCGCCAGCUGCCCCGGGGAAGGAGGACAAGGCUCCAUUGGCACCCACCGAGGCCCCCGACACGGCCAAGGUGGCCCCCAAGCCAGCCACACCCGAGGAGGUGCCUGCAGCUGAGCAGAUCCCUGAGGCUGAGGCCCCCAAGGCCGAGGAGAGUUUCAGGCCGAGAGAGGAUGAGGAAGGCCAGGAGGGGCAGGACUCCAUGUCCAGGGCCAAGGCCAACUGGCUGCGUGCCUUCAACAAGGUGCGGAUGCAGCUGCAGGAGGCCCGGGGCGAAGGAGAAAUGUCCAAAUCCCUAUGGUUCAAAGGCGGCCCAGGAGGUGGUCUCAUCAUCAUCGACAGCAUGCCAGACAUCCGCAAGAGGAAACCUAUCCCACUCGUGAGCGACCUGGCCAUGUCCCUGGUCCAGUCCAGGAAAGCGGGCAUCACCUCGGCCUUGGCCUCCAGCACGUUGAACAACGAGGAGCUGAAAAACCACGUUUACAAGAAGACCCUGCAAGCCUUAAUCUACCCCAUCUCGUGCACGACGCCACACAACUUCGAAGUGUGGACGGCCACCACGCCCACCUACUGCUACGAGUGCGAGGGGCUGCUGUGGGGCAUCGCGAGGCAGGGCAUGCGCUGCACGGAGUGUGGUGUCAAGUGCCACGAAAAGUGCCAGGACCUGCUCAACGCCGACUGCCUGCAGCGGGCUGCGGAGAAGAGCUCCAAGCACGGGGCGGAGGACCGGACGCAGAACAUCAUCAUGGUGCUCAAGGACCGCAUGAAGAUCCGGGAGCGCAACAAGCCCGAGAUCUUCGAGCUCAUCCAGGAGAUCUUCGCGGUGACCAAGACGGCGCACACGCAGCAGAUGAAGGCGGUCAAGCAGAGCGUGCUGGACGGCACGUCCAAGUGGUCCGCCAAGAUCAGCAUCACCGUGGUCUGCGCGCAGGGCUUGCAGGCAAAGGACAAGACGGGAUCCAGUGACCCCUAUGUCACCGUCCAGGUCGGGAAGACCAAGAAACGGACAAAAACCAUCUAUGGGAACCUCAACCCAGUGUGGGAGGAGAAUUUCCACUUUGAAUGUCACAAUUCCUCCGACCGCAUCAAGGUGCGCGUCUGGGACGAGGAUGAUGACAUCAAAUCCCGCGUGAAACAGAGGUUCAAGAGGGAAUCUGAUGAUUUCCUGGGGCAGACGAUCAUUGAGGUGCGGACGCUCAGCGGCGAGAUGGACGUGUGGUACAACCUGGACAAGCGAACUGACAAAUCUGCUGUGUCGGGUGCCAUCCGGCUCCACAUCAGUGUGGAGAUCAAAGGCGAGGAGAAGGUGGCCCCAUACCAUGUCCAGUACACCUGUCUGCAUGAGAACCUGUUCCACUUUGUGACCGACGUGCAGAACAAUGGGGUUGUGAAGAUCCCGGAUGCCAAGGGCGACGAUGCCUGGAAGGUUUACUACGAUGAGACAGCCCAGGAGAUUGUGGACGAGUUUGCCAUGCGCUACGGCGUUGAGUCCAUCUACCAAGCCAUGACCCACUUUGCCUGCCUCUCCUCCAAGUAUAUGUGCCCGGGGGUGCCUGCCGUCAUGAGCACCCUACUCGCCAACAUCAAUGCCUACUACGCGCACACCACCGCCUCCACCAACGUGUCUGCCUCUGACCGCUUCGCCGCCUCCAACUUUGGGAAAGAGCGCUUCGUGAAACUCCUGGACCAGCUGCAUAACUCCCUGCGGAUUGACCUCUCCAUGUACCGGAAUAACUUCCCAGCCAGCAGCCCGGAGAGACUCCAGGACCUCAAAUCCACUGUGGACCUUCUCACCAGCAUCACCUUCUUUCGGAUGAAGGUACAAGAACUCCAGAGCCCGCCCCGAGCCAGUCAGGUGGUAAAGGAUUGUGUGAAAGCCUGCCUUAAUUCUACCUACGAGUACAUCUUCAAUAACUGCCAUGAACUCUACAGCCGGGAGUACCAGACAGACCCGGCCAAGAAGGGGGAAGUUCCCCCAGAGGAACAGGGGCCCAGCAUCAAGAACCUUGACUUCUGGUCCAAGCUGAUUACCCUCAUAGUGUCCAUCAUUGAGGAAGACAAGAAUUCCUACACUCCCUGCCUCAACCAGUUUCCCCAGGAGCUGAAUGUGGGUAAAAUCAGCGCUGAAGUGAUGUGGAAUCUGUUUGCCCAAGACAUGAAGUAUGCCAUGGAGGAGCACGACAAGCAUCGUCUAUGCAAGAGUGCCGACUACAUGAACCUCCACUUCAAGGUGAAAUGGCUCUACAAUGAGUAUGUGACGGAACUUCCCUCCUUCAAGGACCGCGUGCCUGAGUACCCUGCAUGGUUUGAACCCUUCGUCAUCCAGUGGCUGGACGAGAAUGAGGAAGUGUCCCGGGAUUUCCUGCACGGUGCCCUGGAGCGAGACAAGAAGGAUGGGUUCCAGCAGACCUCAGAGCAUGCCCUAUUCUCCUGCUCCGUGGUGGACGUCUUCUCCCAACUCAACCAGAGCUUUGAAAUCAUCAAGAAACUCGAGUGUCCCGAUCCCCAGAUUGUGGGGCACUACAUGAGGCGCUUUGCCAAGACCAUCAGUAAUGUGCUCCUCCAGUACGCAGACAUCAUCUCCAAGGACUUCGCCUCCUACUGCUCCAAGGAGAAGGAGAAACCCUGCAUCCUCAUGAACAACACUCAACAGCUACGAGUUCAGCUGGAGAAGAUGUUCGAAGCCAUGGGAGGAAAGGAGCUGGAUGCCAAAGCCAGUGACAUCUUGAAGGAGCUUCAGGUGAAACUCAAUAACGUCUUGGAUGAGCUCAGCCGGGUGUUUGCUACCAGCUUCCAGCCGCACAUUGAAGAGUGUGUUAAACAGAUGGGUGACAUCCUUAGCCAGGUUAAGGGCACAGGCAAUGUGCCAGCCAGUGCCUGCAGCAGCGUGGCCCAGGAUGCUGACAAUGUGUUGCAGCCCAUCAUGGACCUGCUGGACAGCAACCUGACCCUCUUUGCCAAAAUCUGUGAGAAGACAGUGCUAAAGCGAGUGCUGAAGGAGCUGUGGAAGCUGGUCAUGAACACUAUGGAGAAAACCAUUGUCCUGCCACCCCUCACCGACCAGACGAUGAUCGGGAACCUCUUGAGAAAACAUGGCAAGGGAUUAGAAAAGGGCAGGGUGAAAUUGCCAAGCCACUCAGACGGAACCCAGAUGAUCUUCAAUGCAGCCAAGGAGCUGGGUCAGCUGUCCAAACUCAAGGACCACAUGGUACGAGAAGAAGCCAAGAGCUUGACCCCAAAGCAGUGCGCGGUUGUUGAGUUGGCCCUGGACACAAUCAAGCAAUAUUUCCAUGCGGGUGGCGUGGGCCUCAAGAAGACCUUCCUGGAGAAGAGCCCGGACCUGCAAUCCCUGCGCUAUGCCCUGUCGCUCUACACACAGGCCACCGACCUGCUCAUCAAGACUUUUGUACAGACGCAAUCGGCCCAGGGCUUGGGUGUAGAAGACCCUGUGGGUGAAGUCUCCGUCCACGUUGAGCUGUUUACUCAUCCAGGAACUGGGGAACACAAGGUCACAGUGAAAGUGGUGGCUGCCAAUGACCUCAAGUGGCAGACUUCUGGCAUCUUCCGGCCGUUCAUCGAGGUCAACAUCAUUGGGCCCCAGCUCAGCGACAAGAAACGCAAGUUUGCGACCAAAUCCAAGAACAAUAGCUGGGCUCCCAAGUACAAUGAGAGCUUCCAGUUUACGCUGAGCGCCGACGCGGGCCCGGAGUGCUACGAGCUGCAGGUGUGCGUCAAGGACUACUGCUUCGCGCGCGAGGACCGCACGGUGGGGCUGGCCGUGCUGCAGCUGCGCGAGCUGGCCCAGCGCGGGAGCGCCGCCUGCUGGCUGCCGCUCGGCCGUCGCAUCCACAUGGACGACACCGGCCUCACGGUGCUGCGAAUCCUCUCGCAGCGAAGCAACGACGAGGUGGCCAAGGAGUUCGUGAAACUCAAGUCGGACACGCGCUCAGCCGAGGAGGGUGGUGCCGCGCCUGCGCCUUAGCGCGGGGCGGGCGGCCGAGCGGCACUGCGCCUGCGCGGAGGGCGCUGGGCGGGGAGGGGCUUGCGCCUCGGUGGGACCUCCCCAGGGGCGGGGCUCGGGGGACUACACGCAGAGGGUGGGCUGCGCCUACGCCCUUGAGUGAGCUCUCCCUUUUGGAGAAUUAGGAAGGGAGGAUGCCCCGCCCUCUAGGGAGGCCACGCCCAAGGGCGCGAUGAAGGAAGAAGCCACAUCCCCAACUUGAGGCCACGCCCCCAGCAUCUAGGGGGCAUUUUGAGCUGGGAUGGGGGAAACCUCAUCCCCAUGGAUGAGGCCACAUCCCGGGGCUCCGGUACCGGAAGGCACAGCCUCCUGUCCCCUGGAAAAGCCAUAAGACGGGACCCAGACCCCUGGGACCCCAGACCAAUUGCCAAGUAUGGAAAUCUCAGCUCCCUCAAGGGGGGGCCCUGGGCAAGGGAUAGAGCUCCCUGGAGGGCCCCUCUAGGUGACCUGGGGACUGGAGGGACCAGGAUUCUGGUUGGAGGGCCCCGGAAUACCGGAGUUCCUUUAGAUGUUUGUGCAAAAAAUAAAUGGGGGGAGGGGGGAGGAUGGGAUUUCAAAAGCACAUGCGCCCUUGGGCGCCCAAACCCUGGGGGCUGAGGGGACGGCUCUGGGGCACCCACGCUGCCCCUACUUCCCUUUGGGAGUUUGCCUCUCCCUCUCCCCCAACAAACCCAGUCCUCAUAUCAUAGAUUUCAACACACCCAUUUGACAGAUGGCAAAACUGAGGCUCAAAGAGCUGCUUGAGACUUGGCCGAGGUUCCAGGUGCCAUACCCUCUAUUCCUCUCCCUUAGGCCUGUGUGCCCCAUGAAAGGGUGGGCUGAGAUCGGGAUGACCUGACACAGCUCCCUAUUGCUGCUAAUUCCCCCUCGGGGGCCUCCUCCAAGGGGUGGGAGUUCCAGGCCAAGACCCCUACUUUGCCUUUCCUUCUCUGGCUGCCAAGCAAGACCCCUGCCCUCAGCCCUUUCUCCUGGCACUCCAUGGGGGAUGCCAUGAGGGCCUCCCACCACAAAAGAGAGAAUUUGGGAUCCCCUGGUCCCAGGUUUCUCCACCCCUUCUUCCUUUCCCAGAAUUUUCCAAAUAGGAAAGAAUAGAAGGAGACCAGAAACUCUAGGGGUGGGGGGAGAGAGAGAGAGAGAGAGAGAGAGAGAGAAACCCAAACACAGUGAGAGCUUAGUCUCCAAGAUCCUAUUUAUUGAUUCAAACACCCAAGCCACAGGAUACCUCAGAUGGCCCUCUAGCCUGCUGGAAGCUCUUCCUCCAGUAAGCAAAGUUGCAGUGACUUGGCUGCAGUUAACCUCGUGCAUACAGGACCUUAGGGGAAAGUUCAGUGUGGACCAUGUUUGCUCUGGGAUCUGCUUUUUCUCGUGCUUGUAUGGCAUGCCUUUUUCUGCUGGAUUGAGAAGGACAAGAUUUUGCUGUGCUAGGGAGAAAUGAAAAUGGGGUGAGGUGAGUAGCUGGGUUCCUGGAGGAUGGAACAUCAGAUGGGGAGGCUUUCUGAGGUGAAGAAUGAGAGGGAACCACUUACUAGAGAGAAAAGAGCUCCAGGCCUGGGAACAGCAUGUGCGAAGGCCAGGAGAGGAGAACUGUUGAAACAAGGAGAAAGGUGGCACAGCUGGAGCUGAGCCAGCAAGGGGGAUCAUGAGGAGCCUUGGGGUUGGGGAGAUCUGCAGAAGCAUCAGACCAGGCAGGACCUUGUACGCUGUCCUGAGGAGUUUCACUUUUAUUCUAAGACAGUCAGGGAGCUCCAGGAGAUGUUUAAGCUGGGGAGAGAUUGGAUUCCAGCCUGCGAAAGCUGUUUUGUGAAGACUAAAACCAGUGAGGAGGGGUGGGGCUGCUUUGGGGACACUGAAAUGGAUUAUUGGAAAGAUUCUGAAGGCUGUAUUGAAAAGACACCUAUAACUGUGGACAUGGCUAUAAUCCCAGCAUUUUGGAGAGGCCGAGGCUGGUGGAUCACUUAAGGUCAGGAGUUUGAGACCAGCCUGGCCAACAUGGUGAAACCCCGUCUCUGCUAAAAAUACAAAAAUUAGCUGGGUGCGGUGGUGCACGCCUGUAGUCCCAGCUACACAGGAGACUGAGGUGGGAGAAUUGCUUGAACCCUGGAGGCAGAGGUUGCAGUGAGCCAAGAUCACACCACUGCACUCCAGCCUGGGUAACAGACCGAUACUCCGUUCCCUCCCCUCUACCCCCCGCAAAAAAAAAAAAAAAAAAAAAAAAUAUUGCGCUUAGAUGAGCUCCAUGGCUGCUGAGUACAGUUGUCCCAGUUGCACACUGCCCAAGGGUUUGGCAUCGCUAAGAAGGCCACGUGCAAAUCCUAGACAUUGAGCGUUGUAUGUUGAUGACCUUGGUGUCCCAACAUGUGAAUGGCCCAAGUGUCUGGAAGAAGUGGCGCCACUUCCUAAUUUGCUUGAAGGUGUUGCGUGUCCCCUAAAUUCAGACAGAUGCAGGUAACUGGAGGUUCUGAACCAAAGGUUAAAAUGCAAAUCCUCAUAAAGGAUUGGGAAGCUGUAGCCAGAGAUAAGCUUAUGUGACUGUUAUAUGGGCUGAGGAGCAGAUGUGAAUUUCAGACCAUGCCAUGCCUGAGGGUGGGGGUCGGGUGGAUGGAUGAUUCAGAGUUGUAACCCGUAGAGCCCAAAGGGGAAGUGAUCUGUGACCUGUGGUGAGGGUGAGGAAGAUUUUUGGAUGGCUGAAAAUAAAUGGGGAAGUUGAGCUGCCUGAGAUAGCCAGGAUAUUUCCCAAAAGAUUCCUCAGGAGUCUUUCUGGUCAAGACCUGUGUGUGUGUGUGUGUGUGUGUGUGUGUGUGUGUGUUUAGGGUUCCCCAAGAAUGGCUCAGGCAUGUGAAGGAAACAAGCUUCAGGCAAUAUCUGUUGAAUGAGUUUUCCUGACUCCCAGGCUAGAACUGUUUUUGCAAUUUCCACCCUCUUUUCUUUCCCUCCCAGAGAACUCCUAUUCAUCCUUUGAAACCCAUCAUGAAAACCCCUCUUGGAGAAAACCCUCCUUCCUUCCCCUCAGGACUUUCCCAGCCUCCAUCCCUCCUCCAGUCCAGCCUGAUGCCAUGGGACUGGGGUUUCUCUGUUCAGCUCUGUUUCUCCCAGACUGGGGUCUGAGGCCUCUCAGGACCCCCAACUUUACCUAGCACAGGUUGGGCACAGGUGGGUGGCAGGGAGUCUGUGCCUAGUGGAAUUAUGUGUUGGGGCAGGGUCACUGCAAGAAUACACAUCCGCAUGCGUGUCUGUCCAUGUCUGUCCAUACCAACCUUCCCCUUCCACACGGACCUGGGCACAUAGGAGGUGUCUGAGCCCGACACAUGGGACAGAGAGUGGACACGGCUGAGACACGGACAGAGACAAGACAAAGAGUCCAGGCGGCUGAAAGCCUUUUGAAAUCAGGAAGUUCCUGUAUUGGCAGAACAAAGCCCAGAGAGGAGCAGGGCUUUCCCCAACGCCACCCAGCAAGUGGCCACAGAGCCCAGCCUUGGAUGACACCUCCAGGGUUCUGAACGCUGGACCUCGCUUUAUGCAAGGAGCUGGCCGCAGAUUUCUAUGAAUCAGGGAAACAACACAAGAAGGUUGGCCUGUGGCAGGGCAGGGAUUAAAGGGGUGACAUUGAGGGAUGCCUCAGAGUCAAAGUCCCCUGACCAAGAGGAAUAGAGAAGAGUAGAAAACAGAGACAGAGGGUGAGCUCACACCCUGAUGAGAACGGAGAGAGACAUAGAGGUGGAAAUAUACAGAGAAAGAGAAAUGCAGAGACCAGGGCAGGGGGUGUUGGGGGAAGUAAAGAGGGUGUCCCGAAGAAAGAAGGCUCUGUCCAUUGUCACCAGUCUGUCCUCGAAUGAUUUGCAUAAAAUGAGGAGGUGCCUGUCCACGCCCCCAAUUCCUCUCUCAGGCGCCAGAGCCUGAGACCUCACCAUGCCCCCAUCAGAGAUGCAAAAAACUAAACACCCCACUAGAAAUCCUUGGGACCUCUCUCGGCUGGGAUCUUAGAGCCUUUCUGUCCCCGACCCCUACCCCAUGUGCUGUCGAUUUUGCAGAUGGGGACAACCUGGGGCCUCCCGGAACUCUGCCACCCUGGGGAAGUUGGGGGGAGGGCGUUGGUCCCGGAUCACAACCCCGUCUGCUCCCCAGAAUCCUUUCCUAAGAAUCAUUGAGGACCAAAGUUGUCUUUGCUGACACGUGUUGCUUUUCUCUUUGCCUUUUAUUGUUUUAGAGAAAAAUCAAGUUGACUGUGUCAAAUAACACCCCACCCCUUACCCCCGUCCAGCCAUAGUGGCUCUCUGGAGACACAGGUCACAGGCGGAGGGUCCCCUGAUCAUCCCUGACCACACAGCCAGGGGUGUUUGACCCCUGUCCACCCCUGUCUUGUGCUCCCUCAGACCCCCACAAACCGGCCAAGCAGUCCGGGGAGGCUUCCCCUCCACAACUUCUCUUAGCAUGUGAUUGCAGAUGUGAAAUCAAAACGUUGAUUGUUUUUUGUUUUGUUUUGAUUCCACCCCGUUGGUCCGGUGUCUGCACAGACGCCUUCAUUUCUCUGUAAAUAUGUGACUUGGAACAAAUGUUUAACACAAACGAGAAGUGGUCAUGAAUGCAUGGUGUUGAGAUGUUUUGCACUAUUCUGACUUUUUGGUCUCUGUAAAAAUAUUUUAUUAACAGCAGACAUUAAAAAAAGAAAAACCAC